CCACCCGGCGCCAAACAAUCUUCAAUUCGAUAGCUGCACAACCGUACGAAUACCCAAGACGACUCCCCGCUGUCGUCACAAAACAAAACACACCCAAUACAAAACUGCGUUGCCAUCCGACCCUUGAGAUUGUCACUAAGGACUGGGAAAAUCUUACCGCCGUGAUCUUACAGAGUCUACCAAGAUGGCGCUUCGUCAGUUCAAGGCGCCUGUAGCCUAUGAAGCGCAGCAAACGGCCCUGGAAUCCUUUCUCCAAGACUUCAAGGCGUCGCCAGAGCAAACAAUUUCGCAUGCGCUUGGAAACAUCACGAUAGAUGAAGAUGACUUCAGCGACGACGAGCUGAUGGAGGAUGACGAGACACGCGAGAUCCGUCGGCAGUCAAGGACUGCACCGGGGCCCAAAUACAAGGUCAUGAUGCAGCAGCUGGCAGACCGCAAAAUUGACGAGGUCACAGUUGAUUUGGACGAUUUGGCAAGCUUUGAAGCAUCACUUGGCGACGAGCUUCAGCUGGUGCAGUCUAUCGAGAUGAACACUAAGCAUUAUGUUGAACUCAUGUCAAGAGCAGUUGACAAGCUCAUGCCCAAACCCAGCGUUGACACGAACUUCAAGGAUGAUGUAUUGGAUGUUCUCAUGGAACGCAGAACUAGGAGGAAUGAGGCUCUGCAGAGAGCCGCUACCGAGCCUGUCGACGGCCAGCUCCCUGAUCCGACGGUUGCUGAUGACAAGUUUCCCGCCGAGCUCACUCGUAGGUAUACCCUCGCCUUCAAGCCGCGGUCUGAGACACCCACCCACCCUGCCAAGGCACUUGCUGUGCGAGAGGUCAAGGGCGAGAACCUGGGCCACCUGAUCACCAUCCGCGCGAUUGCCACGCGAGUCUCCGAUGUCAAACCUAUCGUCCAGGUCAGCGCAUACACUUGCGACCGAUGUGGCUGCGAAAUCUUCCAACCGGUCAACGACAAGUCAUAUGGGCCCCUGACCAUGUGCCCCUCCGAGGACUGCAAGAAGAACCAGGCCAAGGGCCAGCUUCACCCCUCCUCAAGGGCCUCCAAGUUCCUGCCCUUCCAGGAGGUCAAGGUCCAAGAACUUGCUGAGCAGGUCCCUAUCGGCCAGAUUCCACGGACUCUGACCGUUCUGUGCUACGGCACUUCCGUCCGCAAAGUCAAUCCUGGUGAUGUCGUCGACAUAUCAGGCAUCUUUCUUCCCACACCCUACACUGGCUUUAAGGCGAUGAAGGCCGGUCUCCUAACCGACACCUACCUCGAGGCCCACUACAUUGUUCAGCACAAGAAGGCGUACUCUGAGAUGAUCGUCGACCCGGCUCUGGUGCGCCGCAUUGAUCAGUACAGACAGUCCGGCCAGGUGUACGAGCUCCUCGCCAAAUCUAUCGCCCCUGAGAUUUUCGGUCACCUUGACGUCAAGAAAGCCCUACUCCUUCUGCUUAUCGGCGGUGUAACAAAGGAGGUGAAGGACGGCAUGAAGAUUCGUGGAGACAUCAACAUCUGUCUCAUGGGUGAUCCCGGUGUGGCCAAGUCUCAACUGCUAAAGUACAUCUCUAAGGUCGCCCCUCGUGGUGUCUACACCUCCGGCCGCGGUUCAAGUGGUGUCGGUCUUACUGCUGCUGUUAUGCGCGAUCCCGUCACCGACGAAAUGGUCCUUGAGGGCGGUGCCCUUGUCCUUGCCGACAAUGGUAUCUGCUGCAUCGACGAGUUCGACAAAAUGGACGAUAAUGACCGUACCGCCAUCCACGAGGUUAUGGAGCAACAGACCAUCUCCAUCUCCAAGGCGGGUAUCUCCACAACCCUCAACGCUCGUACAUCCAUCCUCGCCGCCGCCAACCCUAUCUACGGUCGGUAUAACCCCCGUAUUUCCCCCGUCGAGAACAUCAACCUUCCCGCCGCCCUACUCUCCCGUUUCGACGUCCUCUUCCUCCUUCUUGACACUCCGUCCCGCGAGUCCGAUGCCCAGCUCGCCAAACACGUUGCCUACGUCCACAUGCAUCAACGCCACCCGGAUAUUGGCACCGAGUCCGUUGUCUUCUCCCCGCACGAGGUCCGCUCUUAUGUUGCUCAGGCCCGCACCUAUCGCCCUGUCGUCCCCGCCGCCGUCUCCGAGUACAUCUCCAAGACAUAUGUCCGCAUGCGUGGCCAGCAGAAGCGCGCCGAAAAGAAGGGUGAGCAGUUUAGCCACACUACACCGCGUACCCUUCUCGGUGUCGUCCGUCUUGCCCAAGCACUCGCACGCCUGCGCUUCAGCAACGAGGUCACCCACGACGACGUCGACGAAGCCCUGCGCCUUAUCGAGGCCUCCAAGGAGAGUCUCGCUGCAGAGCAAAGUGCCAACGGCCGCAGGCGCCUCAACGCCAGCAGCAGGAUAUACAACCUCGUCAAGACCCUCGCCGACAGCGGCGCCUGCCGUGCCGACGACGCCGACGACGACGACGAGGAGCUUGGUGUCGAGCUCAGCCUGCGUAAGGUCAAGGAGCGUGUCAUCGCCAAGGGGUUCACCGAGGACCAGUGGCUCUCUGCUCUGGAGGAGUACAACGAGCUCGAUGUUUGGCAAACUGCCGGAAACGGCACGAGGUUGGUGUUCAUCACCUCCAACGGCGCAGAGAGGGACGAGUAAUCAGCCCGUUGCAUUGGUUGGAGGCGGUCUUGUUGGGGUGGUUCCGCAGUGUACUGGCACAAAACUUGUUUUAACAAUGCAUUUGCUUCUGCAAAACAAAAAGACAAUGAAGCUUUGGGCAUUUUGGCGUUUGGUUAAAGAUAAGAAGGAGAGACGUGGGACGCAAGGGUAGUCAACGGGUUUGGCUCAGUCGUACGAAACAGAAUAAUGAAUAACCCGAGUCAUCAUCGACUUGAGUUGCCGGUACCCCUCCACUGACAAUAGUCUCGCGAAAGACGUGAUCCGGCAGUGGCAACAGCUUGAAUUCCUAUGUUUUUUUUAGAUGUGAUUGUAUAAUACAAAACUAUACCCCUUCUACAGUGGCAUCUUGGUAAACUAGUACAUGUAUACAUGACGUCCUCGCGCUGUUCUUGACAACUGGACUGACCUUACUUUCUUUCUUCCUUAGUACUGCAGCAUACGCGAGUUCAGCAAGCUCGCCCGCUCCAGUUCGCCGAGAACACCACCACCGGAGAUUGUCCACUUCUCCGCGACGGUGGUCUCAUCGAUGCGCGCGCGCAUGAGGCCGCUGGCGGCCCAGUACUCCAUCACGGCGCGUGCCUCCUCGCGACUGAUACCGCUCACGUUGAAGGUCUCAACGCCGCGGACGGCCUCGUAGACGCGGUCGUCGUAGCCCUUGUUGUAGGGGUCCGGAGUGGGGACGUGCAGGUCGGCAGCGGCGGCGGCAGACUGGGCCAGGGCGAGCUCCAUGGACGGGGAGCGGGGCGCAUUGCUGCGGCUCGUGGCAGCGAUGACGGCACCGCCGUUGGCGAGCGGAGUCUUGCCAGAAAGGGCGUCGACGAACAGCCGGACGAGUGUGAGGUCAUGCGAGUGCACGAGGUUGAAGGACGGGUCGCGAUAGGCCGAAAUCUUCAUGAUGUGGGAGAGGCCAUCAAGUCCGAGAAAGACGGGCGGACCGUCGGGGGCCGUGGUAAGCUCGUGCCAAAGGGCCUGGAAGGCGGGCCAGGCGAACUCAGGCUCCUUUGCGGCCGUAGCAAUGUCGAGCAAGGUGCCGUCCUUGGGGACGUGUAGAAGCUCGGGGUACUCCUUGGAGAUCUUGUGCUGCUUCAGGAUGGGGCCAUUGGCCUUGACGAUCUGCUGGAGGAGACUGAAGCAGUAGGUCGGCUGGUAGAACUGGAGGGGCUUGGUGUUGGGGACCGGACUGUAGUCCGUGUUGGAGUUGGUGAGAUCUUGGGCUCUUGCCUUCGGGAAUGUUAAUGACAACCCAAUUGUUCAACAACGCGUGGGACAAGCCCUGCAGCAGCAACAUGCUCUUUCCCACAACCUUGUCACCCGUCAACACCAUCCUCAGCGUCUGCCUCUCAUUGACGGCGCCGUCUAGCCUCUUUACGAGCUUCACCGUCUCCCCCCGAACGAGCAUGUGCGGCCUGCGGAAUAGACCCCAGUUCUGAGUGGUCUUGAACGCUUCGAGCGUCCGGAGCUGGUCGACCAACUGAUCCGGCAAGGCAACAACAGAGCCCUUGUUCUCCGCCACGGCCAGCGUCUCUCUGCCGACAUCCUGGAGGCCCUCGACGGCCAGAGCAUUGUUGUUGCUCAGCGUGAUACGUUUGCGGAAGGCCUUUCUCUCUCCGGGAGCCGGCUUCUUGACCCUGGCGGUGUCCCGCUUCUUGCGCGCGUUCUGGUUGAUCUUGCCGCGACGGAUGUGCUUUCCAAUAUACGUCACCCGACGGGCGGCGGCGGAGUCGGCAGACGAGGUCGAGAACGGCGCGACUCCGGUAGCCGAGGAGUACGACGUGAUGAUGGGCACGAUUCGCUGCGAGAGGAUCCGAGGCGCUGCUGCUGCGAUCGUCGUGGGCCUGGUGAGGCACCGCGCACAGUUGGCGGCGGAAGCCAUUGUGGGUGCGAUUACGGAAGGGGGCAGAAGGGCGAGCUCGAAUAGGGUGCUUUUUGAUCGUUUUUCAAAGAUGGCCGUGUUACGAUCAAGCCAUUCGGAUUAGAGGGGCGUUGCGUUCCGUCCGAGGCAGCUCGUCGAGUCGCCCUUGGGUAGCUGGGUCGUCGUCGUGUGAUGUUCUGUCCCGGCAGCUCAAC